AAUACUGAAAUUAAAGUUGAAUUAAAUGUUGACCUAAGUUGUCAAUCAUGUGUAGAUACAGUAACAAAGGAAAUAAAAGACAAAUUAAAAAAUACAAAAAUAAUAAAGUCAGAUUUACAAGACCAAAAGUUUAUUUUACAAGGUACAGAUUUAACAAUGGAUAUAUUAGAUACAAUUAAAAACACAGGUAGAGAAGUUUCAAUCUGUGGUAUAAGCCCAAUAGAAAACAACAACAACAAUAAUAAUAAAGAUAACAAUAUAGAAGAAUCACAGCAACAUAUAGUAGACGGUGCAGCAGUAUGUUCGCUUGGUAUCAUUGAAGGUUGGGAAAAAGGUUGUGGUGGUAGCGGCGGAGAAGGCAGCAAAGGUGUAUAUGGUGUAGUCCGUUUAUUAAAAGCCUCAAAAGAGAAAACUUUAUUUGAAGGUAGAGUCACUGGUUUAAAACCUGGUAAACACUCAUUAGUAGUACAUCAAUUUGGUAAUUUAACAAGUGGUUGUGACAAUGUUGGCGAACCAUACAUUUCAAAUAAACAAUCAAAUAAUAUAUUUAGCGAUAAUAAUAACAAUAGUAAUAUAGAUACAGCAAAAGGAAAUAAAUGCAGAGAAAUUAUAAAUAAAAUAAUUGGAACAUCAUUAGUUAAGCAAGAUGGUAAAGCUGAAUUUAGAGUAUUAUCGGAAAAAUACGAAUUCUGGGAUUUAAUUGGUCGAUCAAUUGUCUUACAUUCCCAAGAUGCCAAAUAUGCUGAUACCCAUAAAGAAUCCAAACCAGAAAGUGACAAUAUUUUAGGUGAACGUAUUGCCUGUGGUGUAAUUUGUAGAGCCGCUUUAGUAGGACAAAAUCCUAAAAAGAUUUGUCCUUGUGAC